AUGCAGGAACAGUCAAGAACUCCGGAGGCAGCAACAAUGCUGGCCACACCACCCGCCACGUCGUCGUCUCCAGCCCCUCUGCCCAGCCAGCCGCUGGUCCCUUCACUGCCAGUGUUUGUGGAUCAUGCAAAACAACCAAGCAAGGAGCUCAUUAAGCCCAAAGCAAUUUUAGGGCGCCCAGUAGAGAGACCAACGGAUGCUGCUGCUGCUGGUACUGCUGGUGCUUUUGGUGCUGUUGGUGCUAUUGGUGCAGUUGAUGCAGUUGCUGCUGCUGCUGAGUGCCCGGGACCAAGUGCCAGGGAAGUCGGAGUCAAAAAUCAUCGUUGUCAGCGGAUCCGAGCCAGCCGAGAAGCAGGCUCACAGUUUGCCAUGGAGGGCUUGGAUGAUAAACUGAUCCUGAAUGUUGGGGGCAUGCGCCAUGAGACCUACAUCAGCACUUUGCGGGCCUUCCCAGGCACACGUCUCUACAAGCUGACCGAGCCACCCCCACCUGGUACCCCAGCUGCUCAGGGUCCACCAGUUCGAGAGUUUUUCUUUGACCGAAAUCCUGAACUCUUUGGCUAUGUAUUAGGCUACUACCGUACUCGGCAGCUGCACUGCCCUGCCAACGUUUGUCGGGAUGUCCUAGAGGAGGAGUUGGCUUAUUGGGGCCUGGCAGAAGCACCGCUGGCACCUUGCUGCUGGCUCAAGCUGAGUGGCAAGGAGACCCAAACCCAGGACUUUUUGUCUUGGGAGGUCUGUGAGAAUGCCCACAUGGAUGAACGCCUUUUGCUGAACCCCGUUGAAGGCCAGGGACUGCGGAAUGCUUGGAAGCCAUGGCUCUGGGUGCUUCUUGACCAACCCCAAUCUUCCUUAGGGGCCAAGUGCCUUUCCCUGAUCUCCACACUCUUUGCCGUGUGUGCUCUGGUCAUCUUCUUCCAGGAGACGGAGAUCCAGCUGGAUUACUUCUCUGCCAACUUCACUCCUAUGGGACACGGGGAAAGGGUAGGGGGAAGCCAUCAGGAGCGGCAGAACAAUGGUCUUGUUUACCGCCGUGCCCCCCACCUACUCUACCUGGAAUUGCUCUGUGCCCUUUGGUUUGGAACUGAGCUCUUUGCCCGGGCCAUUUCCUGCCCUGAUAAGGUGCGCUUCCUGUGUAGCCUUCUCAAUCUAGCUGAUAUUUUUUGUCUUUUCCCUGUGCUGGUGGAAUUGGUGGUGGGUGACAAGGCUGAACAGCAACCCCAUCUUAGCCUAACACUUGGGGCCAUUCGUUCUCUCUAUGUCCUCAAAUUAGUUCGUCUCCUGGGAUUCCUUGAAAAGUCCCUGGCCAUGAGAGUCCUAGCUCACACCCUUCAUUCUUCUUGGAAGGAGGUGUGUGCUUUUCUCCUGAUUUGGGUAGCUGAGAUCUUAUUCUUUGGCUUGCUCUUCCUCUAUGGGGAGCUGUUUGGCAUGUCCACCCCAGGUCAGGGUGAGCCCCAUUUUGGAGACAUCUUUACAUGUCUCUGGUGGACUGUCAUAACUCUCACCACUGUUGGCUAUGGAGAUGUCUAUCCCCUCUCUUCUCUGGGCCAGCUCAUUGCUGCUAUCACAGCCACGAUGGGAAUGUGCACUGGUGUCUUGUUGGUGCCUGUGCUCCUUGUCCGUUUCCAACGCUAUUAUGCUGUAGCUCUGGCCCACCAGAAACUGAGGCCCAAUGGCAUCCUGUAA